AUGGCCGAAGACUCGCUAGGGCUCGACAAACCGAUCAAACUAGGUCGCGUGUCAAAAAUCCCAAGAAUCACCGACGACCUUCUCUUGGAUCGCGUCCGUGGACUUCCCCACGUCAUCUCCAACUAUAAAAAAGUGGCUAGAACCAUCCGUAAGAACGAUAAGACGUUCGCUCAGAAAGCGAAGGACUCCUCCCUCUCUAAAGAGGCACUUGGAGCCCUAAAAGUGGACACAGAGGUUCACAACCUUGAACUGGUGCUUCAGUUCUACCAGUUAUGGUGUCAUGGGUUAUUUCCACGAGCAACCUUCAGUGAUUGCACGCAGAUGAUCCGCAAAUUCAAGUCCACAAGAAUCAGAAUGUACCGGCGCGAGCUCAUUGACAAGGAAAUGCAUCGCCAGAGAGUGGAAAAGGGCAUCAUCACUGAAGAUGCCGAGAUCAGCGACGAUGAUCUCUAUGACGCUCCUCUGAACGGAAUUGCCGCUGUUGAUGAGGAAGAUGCCACCGUGAACGCUGCAAAUGCACCAAGUGCUGACGUGGAUGAUGACGAGGACGACUGGGGCUUUUUGUCAGUGCGCAGAAGACCUAAUGGUCUUUUCAUUGGAGACGAGGAUGACGAGGAUUCUGAAGCUAAUACAGGUACUGGACACGCUAAUACCACUUCUGCUGAUUCUGCUCCUGUUCCGACUACUAGUCAUGCUCCACCUCCUGCUUCGGUUCCUGCUGCUUCGGCUCCUUCUCCAAUUGAAUACCCAGAUAUUCCCGACUCCGUUCAAGAAGACUUCGACGACAAGUACGACGACGAGCUCGAGAUCAUGAGAGAAAUGGGGAUGUAA